CGUUUCAGCAACCGUCAGAGUCUCUUCCGCAAGCAGAGGUGGGCUGGCCGUGCUUCUGGCAAGCUUGCUUCCCAGAGCCCUGCGUUGUCUCAAAGAGAAGAGAACAAUGACCAAGUUACAGGAGGCAGUGACGUUCAGGGAUGUGGCUGUGAUCUUCAGUGAGGAGGAGCUGAGGCUGCUGGACGCCGCCCAGAGGAAGCUGUACCAUGAUGUGAUGCUGGAGACCUUGAAGAAUCUCCUGGCAGUGGGAGGCCAGAGUCCAGACAAGAUGGAUAAUCUUCACACAAUAGGAUUAAGGUUUCUUUCACUGGGGUGGCUUCCAUGUUGGCAAAUGACAGGCCAUGAUGCCAACAAACUGGCCAGCGCUCCAGAAGCUGUAAUCAACAUACAAGGAAAGGGUUCUCACUUCUUGGAGCAAUGCCACUCCUCCUGCCAUGGGGGAGCAGAAGAUCCUCCCAGGGCCUCCGGUGAUGAUGGCUGUCCGGAGAGUCUCACAAACCACCAUUCCAGCAUUGCUGAAAAUGAGGAAUUUCUGCCUGAGAGAGCCCAGAGUUCCCCGGGUAAGAGACAGAAGCAUUGGAAGCAGGGUCCAAAGACUUCGGUGAAAACUGAGCCUCAGCAGUCGGCUCUGGGUGUUGACAUGCUGAGUUACAUUUCUUACCAUAACAGUACACUGCAUGUAAGAGACAAAGCCCAUGGCAGCCGUGACUGUGGUAAAGUCCUUUUUCCUGUGUCACCUGGCACCUGGCAUCAUGUUUACACAGAUAGGAAGGCCUACCAGUGCAGCAAGGGCCAAGAAGCCUUCACUGACAGACCCAACCAUGAACUCCAUCAGCAGGUCCUAGUAGGAAAAAAGUCCCUUGAACAUAGUACACACGAGAUCUCCAGGCAUAGCUCCAGUGUCUCCAUUCAACAAAGUGUUCAUCCAGGAAGAAAGCGCUACUCAUGUCAUAAUCAUGGCACGGGCUUCAGCAAGAGCUCACGUCUUCAGACUCGGCAGAGAGUGCAUGCAGGCGAGAAGCCCUACUGUUGCAACAGCUGUGGGAAGGGCUUCAGCUGUACUGCAGAUCUCGGCGUCCACCGCCGAGUUCACACUGGAGAGAAACCCUACAGGUGUGAGGUGUGUGGGAAAGGCUUCACAAAGUUGUCACACCUCCAGGCCCACGAGAGAAUUCACACAGGAGAGAAGCCCUAUAAGUGUGGCAACUGUGGCAAAUGCUUCAGCUGCAGCUCGAACCUUCACACCCACCAGCGAGUCCACACUGAGGAGAAACCAUACAAGUGUGACGAGUGUGGGAAGCGCUUCAGAUUCAGAUUCAGUCUUCACAGCCAUCAGCAGGUCCACACAGGAGAGAAGCCUUAUAAAUGUGAAGAGUGCAGGAAGGGUUUCAGUUCAGUCUCAAGCUUCCAAAGACACCAGCGGGUCCAUACAGGGGAGAAGCCGUUUGUCUGCAAUGUGUGUGGGAAGGACUUCAGUCGGAUCUCAUAUCUUCAGACUCAUCAGAGAGUGCACACAGGGGAGAAGCCCUACAAAUGUUCCACGUGUGGGAAAGCCUUCAGCCAGAGGUCCCAUCUCUUAGUCCAUCAGAUAAUUCACACUGGGGAGAAGCGAUUCAAGUGUGAGGAGUGUGGGAAGGAAUUCACCCAGAGCACAGGGCUUAGUAUUCACCAGAGGGUCCACACAGGAGAGAAACCUUAUGUGUGCCAGCAGUGUGGGAAGAGUUUCAGUCAGGCUUCACACUUCCGAAGACAUCAGAGGGUCCACACUAGGGAAAGGCCCUACAUCUGCAGCAUCUGCUGUAAGGGCUUCAGUCAGAGAUCACAUCUCGUCUACCACCAGAGGGUCCACAGUGCAGAGAAUCUCUAGAUUCUGCUGUCAGGUGGGUUCCAUGUUCCUCAUGAUGGUUCAAAUUGCCUGAAAACCCAGAGGAUUCAGAGAUUAAAAGGGGUCUGCAUAUUGUUUAUUUAUCCCUCAA